UAUGAUCGAUUGUUCGAUGGCUGAAAACCUAGCAACACUAUAUUACAACAAAAGUCAAAUGCCUCCAGGAAAGGCCGAUCUCAAAUCUUUCUACCUUUUUGACUUCACAAUGUUCAUCGAUGCCCAUAACUGUGAAAAUCGAUCAAAGAAUUUUACAAUAAAAAAGAAACAUCCGAGACAAGCAAACACACACAAAAAACCUUAAAACUGCGGAAACAAACUUAAACGAAAAUUGAAAAUGUCUGAUGAACAACACAAAGUUACUUUGAAUUUGACCGUAGCCAAAGCAUUUCCAACAGUUGAAGAAGAAAUCCUCAAACCUAACACUAAAGGAAUUGGUGGUAUUAAGGGACGCCGACGUGUAUACGAAGCACCCAAACCUCAUCAUUACUUCCACAUUGAGUACAAACUGUUACCCGAUGAUGUAGAGCCAAUCAAGACUGAUAUUGUAACUUAUGGAGUUGCUGCAAAGAUAUACAUGGAAAAUGAAUCCAAGGUUUUGAAAACAUGGAGAGAAGGGAAUAAGACUUGGGUUGCCUGGACUCACAGUCACAAGUUAACGAUUACAAAAGACCUUCUCCUUAAAUUGUACGAUCACUCUCUGGAGCUCAAAAUAUGGGAUACAAAAGACAGAGUAUCUCCAAAAGCAAGAUUUGAUCGACCAAAAGCCUUCAGACUCCCAGCAAUAGGCGAAGAAGGAGACGAUAGCUGCGUUAGAUCACUAGUCAUGAAGCAAACAAAGUCGUUUCACAGUUUACAACCCAAAGAAUCUGUGAUAGAAACGCCAGCUGGUGUCGUAGAGACAAAUGGCGCGGAAUCAAAUCAGUCAAAGUCGCCGUCUAAAGCAGCUGAGCAAAAAAGUGAAAGCAAGCAGUCGGAUCCAAGUAGAGCUACAACAGCGCCAUCGUCAUACCCAUCCACUUCUAUCCCUGAGACUCCAACAACACCUGGUCAACAAAGCUUGGUACGCGUACAGGUCCGAAUCGAUGAAAAUCAUACUCCACAAUUUGGACGAAUCGCGCAACUCGCAGGAGUAACUCCACCCGUGCCGGACACGCCAAGAGAUGCUGAAACAUCAAGCAGGAUGUCAAAAUCCAAAGCUGAUGAAGCAAGACUGACUCCUAGACGACGGAAAUCAAAAACAGCAGCACAAAUGGAAGAGCUAGCGAAUAAACAAAAGAAACAUCUGCACGGUAAACACCCAAACAAACGAGAUGUAGCUGCUGCAGCCGCUGCCCACGUACGAGUCCACGGUACAGCCACUAUCUCCGUCAAGCUAUCCCAGCUUUUCUCUGGAAUCAAGACCACUACUGCUCGCCUUGAGAAGCCAUCUGGAAAUAUCCAAGACUUGUUGCUUUCAGUGACCCUUGAUAAUCAACUUUUGUCAGAAACACAGAGAAAAGAACUUAAUCCUAUGGUAAUACAAGUGAAUUCAGCCAGCAGUAUGCCAAAUACUCCGUUAUCCUAUCAGCAGUUGAAGGAAAAGUGUAAACCAGUGCAUCUAGAAUAUCAGUUUUAUAACCAAAACAAGCAUACAAGUAAAGGUCGUGAGCAUGGUCGUGAGAUCUUCUGGUCAGACAUCAGCGUGGUUCUCCUUGGGACUAUUAAUAAAGAUUUGCUAGCAGAAUAUCUACAAGGACCUCCCUUACAGAUCGAGGUCCAUGACAGGGACCGUAAGAUUAAAAGCCAGAAAACAAAACCUUCGAUUUUUGGAGAGAUUCCUGAGGAUGAAAUGAUCAAUAAUGUGGCUAUAGUGGCCGGACGGCGUACUACGCACAACCCAUUCCAAGGACGUGAAAAAACCUGGGAUCCAUAUGGAAUAGCAAAGUUUGAUUUAUCCGGCUUAUUACUUGGCCAAACACUACUUGAAUUACGAUCACCCAUUCACUGCUGUCCAAUCCCUGACACUAACCUUGGUCAUGAAGGUCCCGAUGGUGCCAUUGUUGGUCGUCCUGGAAACGUCGAUGGGCCACAGAGCAAGCCCAUGCCAACAGCCAACUAUCUAGAGGCAGGAAGCGAACUAAAGAUUAAAGUCAACCUGGCGUAUCCUUUAAGCACCACUGGUGAACGAGUUGAUACAUUCCCUACUGAAAAACCUGGUGUUCCUACAGAGUGUCCUUUUGGACGCAUUGUCUACAUAUUCAAGUACUCCAACAGUAAAUUUUUAAGACGAAUUCAAAACGAAGUGACCGCCAUCAAUGCUGAGGCACUGGAAUUAGAUUCACUCCCUCAGCACGUGAUCCAAGCCGCAUUAUCAACCUACAAGCUGUCCAAGGAUCAAAGGACGAGCACCACUCUUGAUAUUAUCACGGGAUUCCAGGUGUUGGAUGGACAGUUCCAUGUGUUUGUCCUCGAAGGAAUCGCUAAUGAAGGAAUUAAACGACUGUGGCAUGGACUACCCAGACCGCUUGAACCAGACCCAGAGGUAUUCAACGUCUUGUACAAUUCAGAAAUGACAUUUUCGAGUCGCUUGUACGCAUCUUUGGAUGUUGAUCUGUGUCGAGUCCGUCUGCAUGAACCACUUCAAUCCAUCGCAAAGAAUCCACUUUUGUAUGUCAGAGAUUUGGUCCCAAAACCGUGCUUUGAGGCACUCACUAAACUUGAUAAGAUUCUCAGAGUAACCAAGCUUCGGGAGGCUACCCAGUCAGACUUGUUUCCAAGUGCUGAAAUGAUCAUCUCCAUGAGUCGAGAGUUUGGCGUGCCCCUAUCCGCAGAAGACUUUGGAGAGCUAGAGGAAAUAGAGUCCACAAGACAACGUCAGGCCCUGAUAGGACUUGCAGCAACCAAACCUAGAAGACCAUGGACGCCUUUGCAGUCCCAUAACCUAUCGUACGAGAAAAAACUAAAGGAACGAAUGAAUACAGAUGAAAAGAAUUUUGUGCUGGAAAACAUAAAAAUUACAAAAGCUAUGGAAAGAGAAAGGCCGAGGACAAUAGCAGUCGACAGAUCUGAACUCUUUAUGGAAGUAGCCCACAAUUACAGCAUUCAAAGUUUGAAUACUACAGAACUGGCAAAGGAGAAACUAAGACAGAUGAUGUCCAGGGAAAAGGAUAGCUGCUUUACUUACUGUCCGAGAUUCAACUCGGCAAUUGUCCUACCUGUCGACCCUGGCGCCGUCAAAAAGAGAGAACAUUUGAAUUCAAUAGAGAAAUGGCGAACGCCACAUGGAUUUGUAUUCCCUGGGAAGAAAACGUCAAUCGAAUCGAACUUUCAUCAUAAGAAACCUGAUAGUGCGCGGCUUGAUGAACUUAACAAGCCAUGGAAAGAAAAUGUUCUUCAUUCUAGCAUUCUUAAACCAACAGUCGAUCGGGAAAUAUUUCCUUGGCCAUUUAGAGAUAAGGAUUUUGACAUAAAUCUCUCGAGACCUCGACCAACAUACUUGGAUCUGCAGCCCGUCAAGUCUAUUCAUGCGGCGGGAGAUAUCAAAGAACAAGAACUCCGUCAAUCACAAGAAGCAGCGGCAAAACUAUGGCAAGACAAGAUAGUCGUUGAUGAUCCAAUAUUUCGAACUCACCGUUGUUUGACGGAGACAGAGCUCAUAGCUCGUGGCCGAAGAGCUGCAAAUCAGCCUGCUAAAUUAAUUGGGCUGCUUAAGGACCCUCCAAAGAAGCUGGCGCUCCAAAAACCGGGAUUUUCGAUGCAUGAAAUCCCUUCACUGUCAGUCGUUUCUGAUCCCAGCGUUGACACUUUCGCAAGGAAGACCGGGAAAUUACAACCACGUGACAGCGAUGAUAAUUUGAAAAAUACCAAAGGUUUUAAUCCGGGACCUUUUGAAAACGAAGGGUGGUUAUUGGAGAAGAAUAAGAUUCCAAUCAUUGAUUCACAACACAAGAAGUAUGAAGCUUUACGAGGCCAAGACUUCUGGUUGUUCCACAAAGAGAAAGAUCCCGUUUAUCACAGGAGAAUUGAACCCCUUAUGUCUGAGGAAAAAGAUAAUUAUUUGUUUGCUGUUACGGACCCUUGCAGCUAAUAAUCUAUAGCACUAAAAAUCUCUCCACGAAAUACAGUCUAUUAAUAAUAUAUUUAUUUAUAAAUGUAUGGCUCAAAUAUAAUAUAUACUCCUAAUAACUAUGGAAUACAUGAAUGCAUUGCCGAGUUUCCAAUGCAAGAAGUAAAAUACUGAAUUUGGUCCACAAUUCUUGUAAGAAUAUAUGUACAUAUUAAAAACUAUUACUACGA